AAGUAUGAGCUGACAUCGGCGUGGCCUCUGCCAGUUAAACAUCACGGCUGGAAAAGGGGUCGAUCAGUCUCAGGACUUUCAGAUGUUCAGCGGCUUUCCCGAGAACAUUUAAGGCACACGAAGCAAAGAUAAGAGUGUGGAGCUCAACAUGGUGCAGCUGUCUCCUUCCCCUACCCUGGAUGCCACCCCUCCACCUGUGUGCUCAGAGGAGGGAGAGGAAGGACAAGAGGACCUGGUGAUGGCUGAUAGCCCAAAGGUGGGCUCACCCAGUGGUCUGAGCGCCCUGCAGCUCAGCCUGGAGGCCUCCACCGCCUACCACGGCUAUGACACCUACAUAGAGGACGGUCUCAUCUGCCUCAAACACAAAAUCCGCAACUUAGAGAAAAAAAAGCUAAAACUGGAAGACUACAAGAGGAGGCUGAGUUGGGGUGAGGCACUUAACAAGGAUCAGAUGGCAGCUGUGGAAAAGUACGAGGAGGUACUGCAUAACCUGGCGUUCGCACAGGAGCUUCACAAAACCCUAGAUAUCUUGACUCAGAAUUUGCUGAGGGCCCAGAAGAAAGCAGUGAAGAAGGAGCAAAUGGCAAAGGUGGAGGAGGAAAGGAGGCGUCUGAGCACUGUGCUGCAGGUCCAGCACCUCCUCCACAGCCUGCAACGGGAACAUGUCAGGAAAGACCUGUUGGCUGGACACAACCAGGCACCCCAUAUCCCAGCCCAACGGCUGCAAAGCCUGAGUCAGCUAACUGCCCUGCUGGGAGUUGAGAGAGAUAACAGACUGAGUUUAGAGGAGCAGAUGAAGCAAGCGGCUCUGGCCUACUUGGACCUGCUAGAGGGGAAAGACAAGCCGGUGGCUGGAUCCUCAUUUAAGCUGUUCAAAGAGGAGCUCACCAGGCUGUUGAACAGCAAGUACUUCAGCUGUCUUCCACCUCCACCCAACAAGUCUCCAGAGGUGUUGCUGAGGUCAACCAGUCAUAGCUCCACAUCAAAGUCAAAACCAAAUCAAGAUUCUGAGGAGUUUUUCAACAGACUGUACCUGACUGACACGGAGCCUCCUUCCACCAAGAACUGGAAGGGGGACUUCCAGACCACAAGGGAGCGGGAGCCUCCUGACUGCUGGGAUAUGGAAUUCUCAGAUGGAUCUGCCUCACCCCAAGCUGCAGUCCGCAAACAAUGGAGAGGAGCUGCCACUUUUAUCCCCAAAGUCCCAGUCACCACCAAGAUCAAGAAGGUUGACUGCAAACAAAGAAGAGAGAGGAGAGCCAAAGGAGAGCAACAUGCCAAGUCGGCAAUUCAAACGGAUAUGCCUGUGGAGGUAUUCAACUCUCCAUCUGCCUUACCAAAAGACCCUGUCCUUAGGAAGCAGCAGCUAGAGGACCUCAUGACAAAGAUCCACGGCUCCUUCAGUUUUAUGCAGGACUCUCUUCUUGACGGCGAGAUCUCCCCUACUAAUGGCCACCCCAAUAUGAAGAGACGGCCGUCUGGAUCGCCAUCUCCUUUGGGUCACACAGACUUGAGAAGCCCAGCUGAUGUCCUGCCCAAAGCAAUGCAUUCCACCCCACUUCCAACCAGGCUUACGGAGCGCAAAGGCAGUCUGGCAAAUGGGGAUCAGUGCCUGGAGACCUGUGACCUGAAGCUUUCCUCAAAGGACCUACCUCAUAAGCCACUGCCAUUGGCUGAAAGACAGAAGUUUCCUUCACCACCGCUGUACCACAUGGAGUCGACCAUCUCAGUCAGUCUAGAGGAGAAGAGCCAUCCUCGUAUGCCACUAACUGAGUCAGGGAAGCAGGCCCCUUGUAAUGGGGUGGCAUCUUGCACUUCAACUCCCCCCUCGGGACAGACCUUCUCUACACCCCCCACCAGGCAAACUCUGACGUGUGCACAGUUUCAGAACAUUCAGUCAGUUUUCAAGGUGAAUACCUCAGUACCUCACAAUGGAGAAUUGAACUACAAACUAGAUUCUGCAGUUUUUGCUGAGUCCAGGUACAGCACUGCCAGUACCCAAACGCCACCUGAGUUUGCUCCCUCAGAAGACGAAUCACAACAGGCGUACCAGUCAGAUCAGACAGUGGGUAACACUGGACAGAUCUUCCUGUCCCCUAGCCAGUCUGGGGGAGCCAUGGGUCGUCAAGGCCACAGAGGAUCUGUGAGAGGUAUGGCACGAGGCGGCAAGGGACUGGCACAAACCUUUCGCUCUUCUGGUUGGCAUCGAGGAGGAUCCUACAUUCCCCAGACUCAUCUGAGGGACUCUGGCUCUCUCCUCUAUGCUGCUAGAGACUCUGGAUACCAACACAGCUAUAGACGUGGAGGAGGGAGGCAUAACUCAAGUGCAGCCUGGAGUGACUCUUCCCAAGUGAGCACCCCGGACAGGGAGGAAGCGUUUACAAUUGUGGACUCAGGUCAUGGAGAUUCCCUGUCGAUCUCCACCAUUGAGGUCCCUCUCACUCCCCACAGCCAACAUCAUGCCCUGCUUCCCAUGCAACUCUAUCCACUCUCCCAGCCACUGCGAGUGGCCUUUAACGCCUCUCGCACUGCCAACUUUGCCCCAGGCAACCUGGAUCAGCCCAUUGUGUUUGACCAGCUGCACAGCAACCUAGGGGAGAUGUACGACACCCACAUCGGCCGCUUUACAUGCCCCGUCAAUGGAACUUACGUCUUCAUCUUCCACAUCCUGAAGCUUGCCAUCAACGUGCCCCUCUAUAUUAAUCUCAUGCGAAACGAAGAGGUUAUGGUCUCUGCGUACGCCAACGAUGGAGCCCCGGAUCAUGAGACGGCAAGCAACCACGCCAUCCUGCCUCUCUUCCAAGGAGACCAGGUGUGGCUUCGGUUGCACCGUGGUGCCAUCUAUGGCAGCACAUGGAAGUACAGCACCUUUUCUGGCUUCCUGCUGUACCAGGAUUGAACUUUUGUUGAACAAACGGCUCCCUUCUCCCAGUUGGUGGAUUGUUUACACUGUAUUUAAUGGUGAUUUAACUGACAUUUCAGUAGUGUGGUCAGUCUGCAUGCAGAUGCCCUUUCUUCACCAUAAAGCCCAUUCAUAACAUAGGUGCAUCAGUGGCCAAAUGGUAUGAUCUGCGCUCACAGCUAUUAUCUACAUUUGAAAUGGGGAUUGUGAUUACAUUUGACAUAAACGACAUAAACUGAUUUCCCAUGAACGUGUUGCUCAUGAUGUUGCUGUAAAUCAACCUGUACUUCAGCCCAAAGGUCACUGAUUUCAGUGAGAACUCUAAUGCAAUGUUUUGAAUUUGUGCCUUUGUUUUCUGAAUGGCUUUGGAUGACUGACCAGCCGUUAAACAGUUAAUGAACACAAUCGUUGGUUGAUUCAUCCAGUGAAUUUAAACUCACUCUGCCGUCAGCACUUCGCUUGUUGCUGGGCUCCUAUGCAUUCAGUCUCACCUAACUGUUUGUGUGAAUGUGAAGCUGUAAAGAUUGCGUUCUUGGUGGUGGGUAUGGUGUUGAACACUUAAGGCUGAAUUGUUGCACUAACAGACUUCUGUGAAGAGAUGGAAGCGGUCCCCAUAUGUGCCUAAAUAAAAAGAUAAGCAGUGAAGUUUGGAUGCUUCAUCA